AUGGUCAUGGAGACUUUGACCGGGGAGCAGCAGGCGGGUGCCGCAGAGCCGCCUUUGGGAGCUGAGACCGAGCCGCCGGUGUCAACCCCAACCCCGCAGUUGGGCCAGGUCGUGCGCCUCUUCAUAUCGAGUAGCUUCCGAGACAUGCGGGUCGAACGUCAGAUCCUUGCGCACACAAUCCUCCCCAAGGUCCGGCUCGAGUGUUCAAGGCGCGGCGUGAUUUUUCUCGACAUUGACCUCAAAUGGGGCAUCGAGCAAGACACGCCCCACCACGAAGUGAUUGAGACCUGCCUGCGCCAGGUGGCCCGCUCGCGCCCCUAUAUCUUGGGCAUGAUUGCCCAGCGCUACGGAUCGGUUCCAUCUCAAGUGCAACUCGCUUUGAACAGUCUGAGCGACGAGCUGUCGAUAGCCCAAGACUUUGCUGACUUAAGUUUAACGGAGCUUGAACUCACUGUCGGCUUUUUUAACGUGCCUUCCACGGAACGGCGCGCCGUCCUGCUCUUUCGCGAUCCUGCCUACAGUCGUGAGCAAGCCCAACAGACGACUGAACGAGACGACUUUUUCGACAGCGAUGUUGGCAAGCAACAAAGCUUGGAAUCUCUAGAGCGUCGGCUGCGAGAUGAAGCCUCGCACCACAUUCGGUUGGGCUCUGACCAGUCUGCUCAGCAGGACGAUCUCGCCUCCUGCACCGCGCUUGCGCUUGACUACCAACGGCCCUCCGAUCUCACGGAACACCUAGCUGACUACCUGAUGGCCAUGAUCAAGCGUGACUACCCACUGAUGGAACAUGCCAAUCCCAUCGACCAAGACAACUUUGAGCACCGCAUGUAUGCGCUCACGCGUGAUGCCGUCUUUGCUCCCCUCGAGGACUCUGCCGGUCUUCUCGAAACUCUCGAUACGCGACGCCGUCAGCCUGGCGUCACCAUCGUGCAUGGCCACGUAGGUUCGGGUAAAUCAUCUCUUCUAGCCAAAUGUGCCGUCAAGUGGGACAGUGAGCCCGAGACCGCCGUCCUUUACCAUUUUACAGGCAAAGGCGGCAGCUCAGACAGCCUAUCCAACUUUUCGCGUCGCCUCUUCCACUUUGUGGCCCGCCGCUAUCACGUCAAGCUGGAUGAUUUGGAUUUUGACUUGUCGCUUCAUGCCUGGCACGAACUUCUUGAGCUCGCUCUCAACGACGUACCCCAAUCAUUGAAGAGCCCACUUGUUGUCCUGGUGGACGGCGCCGACGAGUUUAACAAGGUCAAGCAACUCAAUGACUGGUUGCCCUCGAAAAAACUCCUUCACAUGAGCAUCAUCGUCUCCGUCGUCACGCCCCUCCCAAAUGCUGAGCAAAUCCCCGAAGCAACCUGGUCUUCCACAAAGAUGCCACUCAUGACCCGCCGCGAUCGAGAGCAAUUUGCCAAGGCCUUCCUCCAGAAUUAUGGACAAACUCUUCCCUCGCAUCUUAUGAACCAGCUGAUUGACAGCGAGGGUAUUCAAACCCCCCUUCAUUUGCGCACGCUGCUCAACGAGUUUCGCCUGCUGGCCUCGUUUGACACUUUGGAUAAAGUGUUUCAAACCUUGAUCGGCCUGCCCGACGUGGAGUCGUUAUUCAACCAAAUCCUGAUCCGCUGGGAGCAACUGCCCUCGCCAGCUCGUCUGGACAUGCCCCUGAUCACCUGGUCUGAUGACGACGCUCUCCAAAGCUUUGCGGCUGUGUUCCUCAUCUAUAUCGCUGUGGCUGAAAACGGUCUCGAAUUGGAGGAGAUCUUGUCCAUCAUGCACGUACCACCAACUUGGUAUGCAAAGGCCAUGGAUAACUUUGGGCAUAUUUCAACCGUGCUGGCAGCCACCAGUGGUCGCCUCUACUUUGCACACCAGGUCUUCGAAGCUGUCGUGCGUCGCCGCUAUUUUUCCUCUGACGAGUCUACUGAAAACCAUGCCCGCCAAGCCAUCUGUCAAUUUAUGGAGGCAAAACCCCUGACGCGCAGCUGCGAUGAGCUUACUCACCAGUACUUGCAUCUGGAUGAGGAGAAGGCUGUGCGCCAUUUGACGCGUAAGGACGUCCUGCAGCAUUACUUUCGCAGCGAAGCUGAACGCAUCAACUACAUUCGGCUCUGGCAAGCCAUUCCUGUCAAACCUGCUAUCAGUCAAUUGCUAAAGAAUCUCAACUCCGAACUUGCCAAAGUCACGAUCGGCGAGAACCUGCUUCCAAUAGCCUAUUUCAUGCACCAAGUGGGCUGCAUGUGUCUUCAUCAGUCCCAGUUUCCGCUGGCUCAGCGCAUAUUCGCGGCGGGACUCGACCUUCUCUGCGGGCUUCGUCCUGCACAGGACUUGCAAAUCAUCGCGCCAGAGGAACAAACUGAUGAUCUCAGCCCCAGAACAGUGAAGUUCAAUAAGGCAUGGCAGCUCAAGCAUGACGAGGUCCCACCUGUGCCAGACUUUCGUGCCCCGCAACCAGAGGAAGUCCCGAAUCAAUUCGCGAUGCUGCUGGUCAUGCUGCACAGUCUUGCUGAUGUGUGUGACCGCAAAGGGGAGAACGAUCUGAGCACGCAAAUUCUGAGUCGCGAGAUCGAGCUGCGCCGAGCCUAUCUUUCAGAUGAGGAAAGGCGAACCAAUCUUGAGCUUGACGCGGCCUAUUCCUUGCUGGCGUGGACAGCCAGACCUUAUAAGAAGCGAGACCACCAGAAGAACCCGAUCGUGCUACCCUCCAUCAAAGACAGUUUUCUCGUCAACUACUGUGCCAUCUUUGAGGGCGGGCCCAACGAUGCUCGCCUCGUUCCGUCGCAUCUUGUUUGUGUGCCAGAGCUGCAAGACAUGUUUAGGCUGACGGAUCCAAGGGAAGUUGUCGAGCUACUUACCUCUGAUAGAUGGCAGAAACUCAAGGAGAAUCUGGAGCAUGCCGAGCGAAACAAUUCUGUUCCCUAUCGCAACCGCCGCUCGCUGAGCAUGCUCUACUCUCGCCUUGGCGCGAUUUUAGGCGAAUGCGAUGAACGCGACUUGAUCGAGCAAGCCGAGGACCAUUUGAAGCAUUCGAUUGAGAUUGCUCGCUCGUGUUGUGGCCCCCUUCACCCCUCCGUGGCCACUUCGCUCAUGAGUCUGGGAAUGUAUUACAUCAACCGUGCCAAAGGCAUCGUCAGAAAGCGCCCGUCAAAUGCCGCGCUGCCCAGCUCUCCUUCCCUGACCGCGAAUCAGGACCAAGAGCAAGCCAACGCAUUGUUCCGUUCUGCCCUGGUCGUUUGCGAGGAGGCGGCAGAAAUUCGCUCAAACAUUGCAGGGCCGGACAGCAGCGUGACAAUCACAGCCCGAUACCGCGUUUGCGAGAUGAAGUUUGCACUCAAGCAAGACGUUGGAGCCCUGCCAAAGGAACUCGAAUACAUCAUCACAAGGCGCGAAGCCUUAUUUGGUUCCAAGCAUGCAAUAACCAAAGCCGCGCAAGGACUGCUGAAAAAUGUUACAAAGUCUCUAAAAAAUCAGACUGCGGCUGGAGCUGAUGGUCGUUCGCCAUCACGGAAAGACUCGUGGCGUCGUUCUCACCAGGACAAACCCGGCAGCCGCGAAGCUCAAGGGCAUCGCGCUUCAGCCCCGCCGUCCCGUUCAACAAGCGUGGCAUCAAGUGCCAGCUCAGACAAUUGGCGGGAUAAUCCGACGCGCUCCUCAAGCACAGGACACAGCAAGAAUCGUUCGGUCAAGAAUGGACGCAAGAAAGUCGUGCUAAACCGCACCCAGAGCGCACCGGACACACGCAACCAAGCACGGCGCUCUUCCCAAAUAACAUUGCCAGAGCCUCCCAGUGCUGGGUCGGCACCGCCUGAUUAG